CUGAAAUCCCAGGGCAAGGGCGCUGGAGGGGAGGACCUCAUCAUGCUGGACAUCUACGCCAUCGAAGAGCUGAGGGCCCGAGGGCUGGAGGUGACCGACGACUCGCCAAAAUACAGCUACGCUUCAGAUCCCAGCGGGACCUACGAUUUUGGGAGCCUCGUGGCCACGGUGAAAGCCAUCCGCAGAGAGAAGAAGUUUGUGGAGGAGGUAUCCACUGGCCAGGAGUGUGGGAUAGUGCUGGACCGGACGUGCUUCUACGCCGAGCAGGGCGGGCAGAUCUAUGACGAGGGCUACAUGGUCAAGGACGACGACGGCCGGGAGGAUAAAACAGAAUUCACAGUGAAGAAUGUGCAGGUCCGGGGCGGCUACGUGCUUCACAUAGGAACUCUGUAUGGAAACUUGAAAGUCGGGGAUCAGGUCCACCUGUCUAUUGAUGAGGCCAGGCGGAGGCCGGUCAUGAGCAACCACACGGCCACCCACAUCCUCAACUUCGCCCUGCGCUCCGUUCUGGGGGAAGCUGACCAGAGAGGGUCGCUGGUUGCACCGGACAGGCUGCGGUUCGACUUCACGGCCAAGGGAGCCUUGUCAACCCAGGAAAUCAAGAAAGUCGAAGGGAUCGCCAACGAGAUGAUUGAGGAGGCAAAGGCUGUGUACGCCAAGGACUGCCCUCUCGCAGCAGCCAAAGCCAUCCAAGGGCUGCGGGCCGUUUUCGACGAGACCUACCCCGACCCCGUGCGCGUGGUCUCCAUCGGCAUCCCCGUGGAGGAGCUGCUGGCCGACCCCUCGGGGCCCGCGGGCUCCCUCACUUCUGUCGAGUUCUGCGGAGGGACGCACUUGCAGAACUCCAGCCACGCCGGCCCCUUUGUGAUCGUUUCAGAAGAAGCGAUCGCUAAAGGCAUCCGGAGGAUAGUCGCGGUCACCGGGGCUGAAGCUCGGAAGGCCCUCAGGAAGGUCGACAGCCUCAGGAAGCUGUUGUCAGCCUUGGAGGCCAAGGUGAAGGUCCAGACAGCUCCCAACAAGGAUGUGCAGAAGGAGAUCGCGGAUCUCGGCGAGAGCCUGGCCACUGCUGUUAUCCCGCAAUGGCAGAAAGAUGAGCUGAGGGAGGCUGUUAAAGCCCUGAAGAAAGUUAUGGAUGACCUGGACCGAGCGAGCAAAGCUGACAUCCAGAAACGGGUGAGCCCUGGGCAGGAACAAAGGGCAGCACGGGAGGGCUGUGGGGAAUCCCUCGGGAGCUCCGCUCGUGUCCGGCGUGGAAGGGAGCUGGGCGUGGAAGGGAGCUGA